AUGAGUUCAACAAAAUACCUUCUGUUAUCCUGCCUUCUUUUUGCUUCACUAUUUGUUUAUUCUUACUCGAGAGCGUUAAUCGACAAUGAUAGCUUCGUAGCCUCUAACGACGACAAAGAACUUGUUUCAUUAGAUGAAGACUCCUCUAAUGACGACAAUGAACUUGGUGGUAUGUUAUAUGAAGAGUCAUUAAAAAAUGAUCAUCUUGAUUCGAUCGAAUCAAUCGAUGAAAAAAAUUCUUUAGAAUUUAAUGAUCUUGAUUCGAUCGAUAAAGAGUCAUUAGAAAAUAAUGAUCUUAAUUCGAUCGACAAAGAACUUGUUUCGUUAGAUGAAGACUCCUCUAAUGACGACAAUGAACUUGGUGGUAUGUUAUAUGAAGAGUCAUUAAAAAAUGAUCAUCUUGAUUCGAUCGAAUCAAUCGAUGAAAAAAAUUCUUUAGAAUUUAAUGAUCUUAAUUCGAUCGAUAAAGAGUCGUUAGAAAAUAAUGAUCUUAAUUCGAUCGAUGAAGAGUCAUUAGAAAAUAAUGAUCUUGAUUCGAUCGAUGAAGAGCCAUUAGAAAAUAAUGAUCUUGAUUCGAUCGAUGAUUCAUCAGAAGAAGAUCACAAGAAGUCUGGUCACAAACAUAAGCGUCAUCCAUGCAAACGACAUUCAGGUUCAAAGAAGGGUGGACAACAUCACGGAGCAGCACACCCCCCUAAACCUUCCUCUAACGUUGAUGAUUUCGUGGAUAAUGAGGUGAAUCAAUACGAAGGACUCGAUUCAUUCGAUGAAGAGUUAUUAGAGAUGGAUGAUGAUGAUGUUGCUUCGAUCGAUGAAGAAUCACAUGAUGAUAACAAGGAGCAUGGUCACAAAAAAAAGCAUCAUCCAUGCAAACGCCAUGCACAUUCACGAAAGGGAAAGGGAAAACGAAGUCAUGCACCUGUAGAACCACCUACAGGUUCCUCUAACGUUGCUGACAUUAAUACAUGGAUGGAUCUAGAUGAAAGUGUUGCUUCUGUCGAUGAAGAAUCAUUUGAUCAAAUGAAUUAUGAUGAUCUUGAUUCGAUUGAUGAGGAAUCAAAUAUUGAUGAUCACAAGGAGUCUGGUGGUCACAAACAUAAGCGUCAUCCAUGCAAACGUCAUUCUCGUAAGAGUGGUCGACACCAUCACGGAUCGGGACCAGUACAAUCCCCUAAACCUUCCUACGAGAUUAAUGACAUCGAUAAUGAGAUGGAGCAAUAUGAAGGAGUUGAUUCAAUCGAUGAAUUAGAGCCAUUAGAGAUGGAUGAUGAUAUUGUUUCGAUUGAUGAAGAAGAAUCAAAGGGAGACAAGAAGCCUGAGCACAAAGGCAAGUAUAAGCCAUGCCGUCGACAUGCAAAGGGAAGAAAAAGCCAUGCACACCCACCUAAACAACCAAUGGAGGAAGCACUCAUAUGA